GUGCAACCCGGGGGUCCGUAUGGACCGGCACGGCACCAGUACGGGCUUGGUUCUGCACUGGCCCGGGAUUCGGUAUAGCCCGGUGGGGCACAUUACCGGUGUCGACACUGGCACAGCCUCGGCCUCGGCACAACACCGGGCUGGGCAUGGCUCGGUGUGGCCCUGCUCAGACCCGGUACUGGCACCGGCCCUGGGCUCGGUGUGGCCCAGUACGGCAUCGAUGCGGGCUCGGUGCCAGCACUGACAGGACAUAGGGCUCGGUAUGGCCCGGUAGGGCACUGUCCCGGUGGUGUUAGCAGUUUGUGGUGCCCUCGGGGGGAGUCGUGGGAAAUACUGAGCUGGGGACGGGCUGGUAUCACUGGGAAAGGCUGGACUGGGAGGGGAGAUUUACCGGGAUGGGUUAGUGGGGAAAGCCGGACUACGAGGGGUUACUGGAACGGCUGGUUUGAGUCUGCAGCUCCUGAGAGAAGCAGCUGAGAAGCUCCUGGUGCUGUCUGGGGGAUGCUGGUGCCUCUGCCUGGGGCAGGGAGAAGAGCAGGGGGCAGCCUCUUUCCCCCCCACCACCCAUCAGGCUGUGGCUGGGAUGUCCCAUCUGGGGUGCAGGGAAUGUGACACCAGGAGAGCGUGUCCUUGGUGCGCAUGGCUGUCACAGCAACGUCAUUAUCAUUUAUAUGGUGUUAAUAGACCUGGGGGUGGGAUGGCACGGGGAGGGGGCUGGAGAGGGAGGUGCUGCUGCCACCUUGCUCCCCCACAGAGCCUGUUUUUUGGGGUUCCUCCUGCCGGAAUGCCGUCCUCAGUAGCUGCAUCUUCAUGUAGGUGUGUGGGGUAAAAACCUGCUUGUGUUUCACAUCGGAGCAGCAGGGAGGAUAAAAGGGAUGACAGAAACGAGGUGCCAAGCUCUCAUCCCACCCCCAGACCGGAUCAAAAGCCUAAGACAAAACCCAGCCUAAAUGUGUUCCAAGCAGAGCCACAUCCAGGCCUGCAGUGGAUGUCGCCCACGGAGCUGGUGACAUUUUUGCUUCCCUUACCUUAGGAGGAAAAAAAAUAAACCCCCAUCUCUUGCGCUUUGCAUCACAUUCCUGCUCCUGCCAGGCUGCCACACGUCUGACAGGCACCGGAGCAGCGUCAACGGCUGCUGCGUCACUGCUCCAGCCCCCGCUGCCGGCUCGUCCCCGGCAGACACCGCACCCCCACCGCCCGGGGUCGGAGACACGGCCACGGCGCUUCCUCGAGCUCUGCAGGCUGCAUUCCAGGCUGUGGGAAAGCUGAAGUCUUCGUGCAUCUGAUACAAAUGCUGCUCUGAAAUGGGGUGUGGGAUUUGAGGGGCCGCUGCUCCCUCGUGGGGUUAAAGCUCUGCCCUUGCUCCCCGUGCCCAAUAAUCUGCGGGGACAGGCAGGAAUUAAACAGAACAUCCUCCUCUCCCGUUUUUUCUCUGCUUCUUUGGAACUUGGAUCUCCAAGGGUAUUCCCGAAAGGGGAAAGGGCUGGGAUCUGCCACGCUCUGAGCUUCCCCCUUUUCCCCAAAGUGAAACCCCCAAACUGCAGAAGUUGGAGGGAUCUCAGGAGGUGCCCGUUCCGUCAUCACCUGCUCAGAAAAUAAUUACUUUUUUUGGAUCACCUCCCACGUCUGCGCUGCUUGUCGCCUUCCCAGCUCCAGGCCCUGCUCCGGGGUGAGAAAAGGACACAAAAACAUGGAGCAGGGGGAAAGAUGGGCUGGGUUUGUUGGGCAGUGAGGCUGAAGGUGACUGUGUCCCCAGGCUGUCCCAGCACGUCCCACUAGUGAGCAGACAGGAGCUGGGAAAGGCAAAUAGCAGGAGAAUAAAAGAACUGCCCCUGCCCUGAGGAAAUCCCGUCCUCUGAACAAUGAAGAUCUUAGACCCGGGCUAACUCUUAGAUGUGCAGACCCUUUGUGAACCCUUCCUUGCUCCUCUGGAGCAGAUGCUGAGGCUCUUUGGAGGGACCCUCUCCAGUCUCACACGGCGCCUGCGUGACAGCAGAGGAAGCAGCGGGAGAGCCACGACCCCUGUGCCCGAGCGCUGAGCCAUGCUGGGCCGGAAAACACGACUGCCCCAGGACCUGAACAGCCACCGCCAGCUGAGCCAGGCCUGCCAGGAGGCCGUGCCCCUGCGGACACGGGCAGCCAAGGACACGGAUGUCAGCUUGGAGGUGUUCAGCGGCUCCACGCCGGAGAUCAAACCCAGCCGCAGCCGAGCCCAGCAGAUGCGGGACAGGAAGGGGCGCAAAGCCGAGCUCAAGGACUCCAACGGCAGAGAGGCAGAGACAAUCACCUUUAUCUCUGGCACAGCAGAGGCUCCCCCAAGCCAGAGCUUGUGCUGCUCCUCUCUGUCUCAGGCCUGGAACACGUACAAGGCUGUUUUCUGUUGUAUAGUGACCUGUGGGGGCUGCUUCCAGGACUGCAGUGUCUGUAUCCCCUACCCGGGGCCCACCGAGACCUCCACUGACGAUGGAAAGAACGGAGACUAUAACGGGCGGCUGCCAAACAGCCCCGCCAACGUCUCCCCUGCUGAGAAGAACGGGAACCAGAUCAAGAAGUCCAGCAUGGGCAGCAGUUUCAGUUACCCAGAUGUGAAGCUCAAGGGCAUUCCUGUCUACCAAAACAGGAGCCCCAGCCACCAGCUGGAAUCGGAUUCCUGCUGCAAGGAGCUGCUGGAGAAGCCCUUCAGGAACAGCAUAGAAAAGCCGCCGCUCCCCAGCAGCCACCGGAGCUCGGAGGAGUAUUAUUCCUUCCACGAGUCUGAUGUGGACAUCAGUGAGCUGAACGGCUCCAUGUCCAGCAGGCAGAUCGAUGUCCUGAUCUUCAAGAAGCUGACGGAGCUCUUCAGCGUCCACCAGAUCGACGAGCUGGCCAAGUGCACCUCGGACACCGUCUUCCUGGAGAAGACCAACAAGAUCUCGGACCUCAUCAACAGCAUAACUCAGGACUACAACCUGGACGAGCAGGACGCCGAGUGCAGGCUGGUCCGAGGCAUCAUCCGCAUCAGCACCCGCAAAAGCAGGGUCCGGCCCCACAUUUCCAUCCCGGGCGGCCAGAGCCACGAGGGCAAGCCCAGCCGGGGCAACGCGCCCGACAGCGGCAACGAGACGAUGCUGGAGUCCAUGGUCAUCAGCCAGGAUGAUUUGGCCGUGCAAAUAUCGGAAGAAACGCCGGCAGAUGUGAUGGCCCGGAACAUGAGGCGGCACAGCAGCGCAGGCUCUCCAACAAGCAGAGAUUCCUCUUUCCAAGACACAGAGACUGACUCGUCUGGGGCACCUCUGCUUCAGGUGUAUUGUUAAAGGACCCAAGCAUUCCAGGGCAGGCAUUCCAGGGCUUUGCUGCAGUCACAUUCCUCCUCUUUCCAUAUGGAGUGUGCUUGGGCCACUUUUUUUCCCCCCAGCCCAGUCUACCCUGGUCCUUUACUGAAGCCAAAUUCCUCCUGCUGCCUGAAUUUCACUGGAUAUUUUGGGUUUUUUUCUGGACAAUAUAGAACAUCAAGGAGGAGCACUGUGGAGCUGAUGAACUUGGAAGGCGGAGUGUGUGCCCAGGGAGGAGAAGAUGGACAAGGAAGUAUCAGAUAACUUGUGCCUCUGUGAUUUCUUGUAGAUUUAAACAUUUAGCUCCUGCAGCCUCAGUGGCCCAGCCCUUUGCCUGCUUUGGGGAUCUGUUGUACAGUUCUUGCUUCCUGGCAUUGCCUGAGUUAACUUGGGUAGGGGAUGACUGGGUGGUGUCUCUGUGUUGGUGCUGAUGCUGAGGUGAGGCUCUAGAGACCCAAAUCCCCCUCUAGAGACCCAAAUCUCUGUUUAAAGCGGCUGGGAUGGUCCCCAAAAACCUGUGUGCUUGCAGUAGCCAGAUCUGCCUUGUCCCUGCUGACCCUUGGUGUCAUGUCCUGCUGCCUCGUGAGGAGAAGGUUCAGGUAAAAGGGGUUAAUUUAAUUUUUGGCCUCUUGGUUUGUCUCCUGAGACACGGGAGGUGGGAUGGCUGCUCAGCUGCUUCCUUCACCCUCCCUGGGCAGACCACGGGGGAUCAGCUCUGCCAGCCUGAUGUGAACUAAAGCUGUGAGGUGUUCCCAGGUGCACACACUGACCUGGGACUUCCCUGCCAGUCCCAACUCUUCCUCACUCCUCUGCCAAGCCCUCCACGUUUCCCAUCCCGCUGGGCAAGCCUGGAAGCAGGGCUGUGGCAGCUGAAGGAAACAGUUUGAUUCUGACUUCUUGUGUUUGCUAGAAAGUGCCUUAAAAGCGGCUUGCUUCAAAAGGAAAAGGCUCCUGAGAGUGUCUGCACAGGGUUUGUGAGGCACUGCUGGUCCUUUCCUUCCCCUCAGCACCUUCUCCUUCCCUUUGCUCCUCUCCACCAGGCAGUGGGGAGCAGGAGAUGGGGCAAUGCUACCCCCAGGGCACAGUGCCAGGUGACCUUGAGGGCUGCAGCACUGCAGCAGGAGGAAGCUGGAUCUGUGGUGUUGCCACUUGGUUGUUUAUCAGAAAGUAAACACGUGCAGCCACGGGACUUGUUUAUACUUUUGGGUGUCCUUGGACGUGAAUGGAAAACACUUGGUGUUGGAUUUACCAGCCGUGGAAUGAACACACCCACUGGUUUUGGGAGAGAGGGAACCCAAAAUAGGCCCUGUGCUUUGGUGUGGACCGUGUUUUUGUGCCUUCGUUGGACUGGAAUGCUUUUUAAUUGGACUAAAAGGUGCCUUAAUUGAACUGAAAUGUGCCUCAGAUGACUUGAAAUGUGCCUUAAUUUCACAGCCUGUGAUGAUGAUUCUUCAGAAGGUUGGGUAGGGGGGAAGGAUUUAAUUCCUCUCCUGAGCAGCCAGGCUUAUUUAACAGACCAAAACCCUUUGAAAUGGACAGUUCCAGUCCCUGCUAGGGCCUGGUUUUGUAAAGCACUGGCUUUUCAGAAUGCUUUGAGAAAUCAGGGGCAUUGCUGAGACCACACCUGGAGACGCUGAGAGAGCGAGACGGUUUGAAAAUAAAGGGGAGAGACUGAGCCUGGGAUUUGGCUUCCCCUCCCUGCUUUGUGUUUAAAGCUGUUGGUUUGUGAAAAGCCCAGUUUAUACAAGAAGACUUGAAGCAAGGCCAGGCUGGGGCUCCCAGAAGAGCCGUGUGUGGUCACCUCCUCCCAUACGGGUGGACCCACCUGGUUUCUGCUUCUCAGUGGAUUAUUUGGACGUUAUUAUUUGGACAAGUUUGCUCAAACCUGUGCACUGGGGCUCAGCACGGGUCACACUGACACACAGCAGCUCUGUGGGCUGUGCUUUGGAGACGAGGGGUGAGCUGGACUUGCAACGAGCUGCGACCGCUGGAGCAGGUGGAAAUAGCACAUUUUUAAUGCUUGGUCUGUGUGUGAAGAGUGAAUGGGUAUGGAUUAAGCUUAUAAAAAAACCAAACCAAUCCCCUUCCCCCCCCAAAAAAAAAAACAACCCCAAAAACUCAUUAAGAGGAGAAUUUUCAACUCGGUGGUUCCUGAAGCUGGUUCACCUGUGGUGUCUUACGGGAUUCUUUUGCACUCCUUGGCCUUAAAUGUUCUGAUUUGGUCUUUUUUUAUAAAGUAAAAGAUGAGCUCUUUA